ACCCUCUCUCUCUCUUCUCUUUCUCUUCCUUCUAGUGUUGCGUGAAUGAAUCUCUGUUUCUUGAUUUGGAACCGACAUGGCUCCUAACAAUUGGGCUUUUCUCUGCCUCUUCAUAGGAAUCUGAAGCUCUCUCUCUCUCCCUCACACUCUCUCACACUCUGUGUGUGAACACAUCUUUCAUCUCGGCAACAUCGAAUCGUGACUUCCCUUUUUUCCCUCUUCACUUCUUGUAUUUGGAGAUGGCUAUGCAAACUGUGAGAGAAAGUCUUCUCUCUGCUCCGCAGAUAUCUUGGUGGAAUGCUUUUGGAUCUCAGCCGCUGGCGCCGGAGAGUCUUGCCGGCGAUUCUGACUCGUUCGCUGGAGUUAAGAUCGGAUCUGCCCGAGAAACAGAGCACGGUGUGGAUAAACAGAGCAACUCUGUAUCUCGCUUAGCUUUCUCACUCGGUGAUGUAAAGAGUUCGAGUGUUGUGCCAAAGCCUCAUGGAGCUGCUUUCUCAAUGCAACCGCCUUGCUUGGAACUUGGAUUUGCUCAGCCACCGAUCUACACAAAGUAUCCUUGUGUGGAACAGCAAUACUAUGGAGUUGUUUCAGCCUACGGAUCUCAGAGCAGAGUACUGCUUCCUCUGAACAUGGAAACAGAAGAUGGAACAAUCUAUGUCAACUCAAAGCAAUACCAUGGAAUCAUCAGGCGACGCCAAUCCCGUGCAAAGGCUGCUGCUGUGCUUCAUCAGAACAAACUGAGUAGUAGAUGCCGUAAGCCAUAUAUGCAUCAUUCGCGGCAUCUCCAUGCAUUGCGCCGUCCUAGAGGAUCCGGUGGGAGAUUCUUGAACACUAAAAGUCAGAACAUGGAAAAAAGUGGAACCAAUGCAAAGAAAUCUGAUGGAACUAAGCAGGCUCAGACUCAGUCUCAGCCUCAGCAAAGUAGCUCUCAGAAUUCUGAAGUUGUUCAUCCAGAAAGUGGGACCAUGAACUUAUCUAAUGGAUUAAGUGUCUCGGGAUCAGAAGUAACAAGCAUGAACUACUUUCUAAGUUCUUCACUCCAUCCCCUUGGCGGCAUGGUAAUGCCUAGCAAGUGGAUUUCAGCAGCAACGAUGGAUGAUGGCUGCUGCAGUUUCAAAACCUGAUCCUUUACCGUUGUUUCAUAGUCAACGAAGAGAGAGGAGAAAACUCUUUGUCUUGAAUAAGGACAAUGAGUUUUUUCUUCUUCUUGGUUCAAAGGAUUUUCCUUUUUGCCAAUCCAUUUGACUGUGAACAGGCAAAUCAUCUUUGGCUCAUCCUCUAUUAAGGUUUCUUCGCCGUCAAGUGAAAGAAAUCUUGAUUUUAUCUGUAUAAAACUGGUGAUAACAGUGAUGGGUUUUGGCAACUAACCCCACUUGUUCCAACUAGUGUGUGUGUGUGUUUAUGCAAAAUUCUAGUCUGAUUUUCUGAUGUCGAUAGCUUUCUUUGUGUGUGUGUGUUCACGUUUCUGAAACAAGCAAUUGUGAAAACUUUGUUAUGUAACAUAUUUAAGACCUGUUUUUGUAUAUUUGGUUGAAUUUAUGUUAUUUGCUUUGGA